AUGGCCGAGUUGAAAGAUAACAAGAGAAAAUUGUACAGGAAGGAAAAGGCCGAGACAAGAAAGGCUUUCAAGCAAGCACGUUUCGAGGACGACCAGCAAAUAAGUGCCACUCCAUCUGGCGAUGAGUCUGGAUCCAACUCGUUCUCCACUACGACAGAAGUUGACUUACCAAGGAAAAGAUUCUACAGGCAAAGAGCACACUCCAACCCAUUUUCAGACCAUAGCUUAGAGUACCCAAGGUCUCCAGAUGCCAUGGACUGGACCAAAUUGUACCCUGCGUACUACAAUGAAGAAUCCAAAGACGUCCAAUCCAGAGUGGAGAUCGCAGAUAUUGGCUGUGGGUACGGUGGUCUUCUUAUAAACUUAGCAGCUGAAUUCCCGCAAAUUUUAUGUCUUGGAAUGGAAAUCAGAGUCCAGGUAACCCAAUACGUCGAGGACAGAAUCAUAGCCUUAAGAAACAAAUAUAAAGAUGAACCCAAAAAGAACUUCCAAAACAUCUCAGUGUUGAGAGGUAAUGCCAUGAAGUUCCUUCCAAAUUUCUUCUACAAGGGCCAACUCUCCAAGAUGUUUUUUUGUUUCCCAGAUCCACAUUUUAAACAAAGAAAGCAUAAGGCAAGAAUCAUCACAAACACCUUGUUGUCUGAGUACGCAUACGUCUUACGUGAAGGUGGAGUGGUGUAUACAAUUACCGACGUGGAAGACUUGCACUUGUGGAUGGUUAAGCACUUAGAAGAGCAUCCGAUGUUUGAAAGAUUAAGUAAAGAUUGGGAAAAGCAAGACAAAUGUGUACAACUUAUGUGGAAUUCCACAGAAGAGGGCCAAAAGGUUUCCAGAAACAAGGGAAACAAGUGGGUUGCUUGCUUUAAAAGAUUGCCCACCCCAGAAGACUGCGAGUAG